UAACAAUAAUGUAAGUAAACAAUUAAGAUAUUGGAAGUAGACAUUACGGAUAUGGUAAGUAAACAUUAAAGGAUAAUAUAAGAGGCAUUAAAAAUACGGUAAGUAGACAUUAAUUUUUAAUUGGCUGGGCUUAAAAUGCAUCUCUCAGAGACGAUCUUUCAAGAGACUAACUGAGAAUGAUAUAUAUAUUUUGUAGAAAGCCGUGAAAAUUUGACACAAAUAGAAAUCUUUCAAAGUUAAAAGAAUAAACUAAAAUGAAAAGACGAAAAUCUCUUAAAAAGAGAGUAUUACGUAAUCCAUUUAGUUUUCUCAGGGGUGGAGAAUGUUAGGAAGAAUUAAAGCUAUAUAAUUUGGGCUUAGGCAUAUACACUAGACCCGUAUAAGAGAAGAGUUGACUAUACACAAACUCGAUGAGAUUCCAUCCUAGAUUUAGUCGACCUCUCUCUAAUUCUACAAUGUGAGAUUACAUGUGGGUUAUUUUACAGCAUUCCCUUACAUGUUAACCAAUUUUUUUUAAUUCGAGGAAAUGCUAUUCUUUUCGAACCUACAAGUUGGUUUUUUUUAUCGAAGACCGAUUGUUGUUGUUUCCAGUUGACCGGAGGGCAUGGGCAUUGGCUUAGUCUUAUACACUACAAAAUCCACAUAAUUGAAGAGUUGAACAUACAAACUUGAUCAUGUUCUAUCCUAAAUAUUAAUUGGUAAUUUUACAUUAAAAAGUAAAACCCGCUCAAAUGACGUAAGAUCUUAUUCUCGUUUACCCCUCUUAAUCACCCUUGAUUUGAUUAAUCACAAACCUAAUCCUAUGAAAUCAAGGGCCUCAGUUUUCUUUUAAUGUCACCAACAUGUUACUCUUAACCCCACUUACUAAUUUUUCCAUCCCUAGAACCUUCUUUCUCACAUUCUCUUAUAAUUGUCAUUUUCAUGGCCCUUCUUUUUGCUAUUUGACAGGCAAAAUUCAACUAUAUUCCAUGGGUCAUGGCUCCCAUCACUCUUUCAGUAAAAAGAAGAAGAAACAAAGCCAACCCACAAUGAAUUAUUCAAAGACUUGUAUUCUUAGGAAUCCCUAAUUGCACGAUUAAAGCCUUAUUUUUCUGUUACAAGUCUAAAGUUUGAAUCUUUUCUUUCUCCUGCUGACCUGCUUUAUAAUUGGAUUCCAAGGGUAGGAGAAAGAAGAGAGAAAUGGAGAAGAUUCCUGUAUGGCAAGCUGCAAGUUUAAGUGGAAUUGUAGCAUGGAUUUUCUUGGCUUCAAUUUUUGAUUUAACCAGAAAAAUUAGAUCUUUUGUGCAACCCUGGGUUGCCCACCAUGUUAAGAUCGGCAUACCCUUCAUUCUUCAGAUCCAGAAAUCACAGCAUAAAAUUUUGGAUGUGCUGUUUUCUGGGUUAUCAUGUGUUGUUUCUGUGCCAUUCUACACUGGUUUUCUUCCUCUCCUUUUCUGGAGUGGGCAUGGAAAAUUAGCAAGGCAAAUGACAUUAUUAAUGGCUUUUUGUGAUUAUAUUGGGAAUUGUGUAAAGGAUGUAAUUUCUGCUCCAAGGCCCAGCUGCCCACCUGUUAGAAGAUUGACUGCUACUAAGGGUGAAGAAGAGAAUGCCCAAGAAUAUGGUUUGCCUUCAUCUCAUACCCUCAAUACAGUUUGCUUAUCUGGAUACCUCUUAUAUUAUGUACUAUAUAACUCGAGAGAUGACACUAAUGGAUUUGUUGGCAUCAGCAUGGUUUUCUUGAUUGUUGGCCUCAUUGCCUUUGGACGAAUCUACCUUGGUAUGCAUAGCUUGAUUGAUAUCAUUGGAGGGCUUGUUCUGGGAGUGGUUGUCCUUGCCUUCUGGCUCACCAUUCAUGAAUACGUUGACACUUUUAUUACCACUGGUCAAAAUGUUACAGCAUAUUGGGCUGCGCUUAGCUUCUUAUUGUUUUUUGCUUAUCCAACUCCGGAGUUUCCUACGCCUAGCUUUGAGUUCCAUACAGCCUUUAAUGGUGUUGCUUUUGGAAUUGUUGCGGGAAUUCAACAGACAUAUCAACAAUUUCACCAUGAGUAUGUUCCACGCUUCUUCACCCCAGAACUCACAACGCCUUCGUUUAUCGGGAGGGUACUAGUCGGAAUACCCACCAUCCUACUCGUGAAGUACUGCAGCAAGGCCUUGGCGAAGUGGAUUUUGCCCGUGGCAUUGAACACGAUGGGUAUUCCUAUACGCUCAACUACUUACAUUUCCACUUUAAAUGGAUCAUCAUCAACCGAUAAAAAGUUGGACAAAACGAAGCAAGAAUCAAGCUACAUUCAGAAAUUAUUAUUCUCUUCUCGUGAGGAUUCAUUCGAUAUUGACUCGGGCAUCAGAUUUAUCCAGUAUGCUGGCCUCGCAUGGGCUGUGGUUGAUCUUGUUCCAUCAUUAUUUUCACAACUUAAUUUAUGAUGAUAAGUAAAAUUUUGACAUUUUGUAUAUAAUAUAUUGUAAACCCCUUGCUUGCAACAACAUAAUUAGUCUAUAUAGUAAAAUUAUUUUUCUCUUAAUGUUCCUUUAUUUUCAUGAUCUUCCUCUUUGGAAUUGACAAUAUACACAUACACUCGAUUUUGAGCUCAAGACUCGGGGUUAAUUACGAUAUAUCUAUGUAGCUGUUGAGAUGAUUUAUCCCACAUCGAUAAAUUAAAGAUGGUGUGCAUAAUUUAUAA